AUGGGCGUUUUCGACGGGAAAAGGCCCAUACUGUAUCUUCUAUGGUUUGCUCUCAGCUGUUUGACACGCGUCGCAGUGGCGUCAAACGGUGCCCAGCUGAAUGAUAAGGAACUGAAUGUACUACAAAAAAGAUUCGACUCAUACUACUCCAACGAUACACAAAUUAGCGUACAAGGUAUAACGCUGGGUGGAUGGUUGGUCACUGAGCCAUAUAUAACUCCCUCAUUGUACCAUAAGGCAAUCAACAUGGUAUCACAGUAUAAUUCCACAUACCAUAAUAUGUCUCAAAUUGUAGACGAAUACACGCUAUGUCAGGAGCUCGGAUAUGACAAAGCGAAAGAUCUGUUGUCGGAGCAUUUUGAUACUUGGAUUACAGAGAGCGAUUUUAAGCAAAUCAAAGAUGACGGGUUUAACUUGGUGAGAAUCCCAAUUGGGUAUUGGGCUUGGAAGCUUGAUCACGAGGAAAACUUGUACGUUGGGAAUGCCACCUAUGAGGACCCAUAUGUUGGGGAAGGUUUACAACUUCACUACCUGAAUAGAGCACUUGAAUGGGCAAGCAAGUAUGAGCUUAACGUUUGGAUUGACCUGCACGGUGCUCCAGGUUCCCAAAACGGAUUUGACAACUCUGGUCAAAGAAAUUUUUACAACAAGUUAGGAUGGUUGUCCGACAUGGACACAAAAGUUUUGACUUUGAACGUUUGGGGUGCUAUGUUUGAUGAAUAUUUAAACGGAGGUAACAGCAGCAACCCUAUUGUUGGUAUUGAGGUGAUGAACGAGCCAUUGGUCCCCAAAUUGAACAUAUGGGAUGUCACCCAGGUGUAUUAUGAAGGUUUUGAUAUGUUCAAAGAGAAACAGAGGAAAGGUGACAACACGACAUUUAUUAUACAUGAUGCAUUCCAGUCUAUUGGACAUUGGAAUAUGGAAUUGAACCCACACUUCAAAAAUGUCUCCAACCGUCACUUCAACUUAACGAACGUUUCGUAUUCAGCACAGUCUGUCCUUGUAGAUCACCAUCAUUAUGAGGUGUUCACGGACAGUCAAUUGCAGGAAUCUCAAUUCUCUCGUAUCAUGAACAUUAUCAAUUUCGGAGAUUCGAUAAACAAAGAAUUGCAAUACCACCCGGCCGUAGUUGGUGAAUGGUCCGGUGCAAUUACGGACUGUGCCACGUGGGUGAACGGUGUAAACAUUGGCGCCCGUUACGAUGGGUCAUACUACAACACAACAGCAUUUGAAACGUCCCAGCCACCAUCGGGGAAUUGCACCUCUAAUCAACCGAUAGAUCAGUGGUCAGAUGAAUACAAGAUUGCAGUGAGACAAUUUGUUGAGGCACAAUUGGCCACAUACAGCGCCAAGACUACAGGUUGGAUUUUCUGGAAUUGGAAGACAGAAAAUGCACCAGAAUGGGAUUAUCUACAAUUGAAGGAAGCUGGUCUGUUCCCUGUCCCAUUUGACAACUACACGUACUUUAGCACGGAUGGGUCUGGAUCCAUCGAUUCAGAUUUCUCCAGUUCUUUGUCCACGUUAGCUUACCCAACAUCCAGUGGGAGCCGUACAACAUCUUCCACGGCAGCGAAAAAAGGGGUUGCUUCAUCAUUUAGGAAGAUCAACUUGCAGGACACCGAAUUGAGGGCGCUGAGUGGUUACUGGAAAAUGGUUCUUUAUCUCUUCCCAGUAUGCAUUUCCCUCGUUGUAGUCCUGCUGUGA